AUGUCAAUCCCACACAAGGGAACUUUUUCAUCUCUUCUUACCAGUUUGAUCAAUCUUUUAUCAUUCCAAAUUUUUCUUACGAGUGCUCAAAUCGUUCCUUUACAACUCAAUGAUCUUUCGAAUGUUCUUCCUAAACCGGCUGUACCACAACGAGGCGUUUCUUCGGUGACUCCUCAAAAACGAGGUGGGUUUGUGUCAACCAAAAAUGGUCACUUUUACCUAGGCGAGAAUUUGUUUGAUUUCCGUGGUUUCAAUGGACCUACCCUUCUUGAUGUUGCCAAUAAAGUAUUUGGACUUUCCAAGGGCCCAGAGGUUGCCCACAUCACUGGUUGGGACAAUAGCACUCAAGAUUGGAUUUAUAACGAAGAGACAUGGCGACAGAUGGAUAACGCUCUUGCUAUCGCCGCCGAACACGGAGUCAAAAUCAUCAUGCCAAUCAUCAACCAGGACUAUGGAAGCUCGGACACUGACUGGGUUGGAAACUUUAUUGAUUUAAUUCGAUAUAGGUUCAAUAUCACAGAGUACACCACAGCUCAAGUUUCAGUAGAUUGGUUUGUGAAUUCAAGCAUCAGAGAAGACUUCAAGAAGAUCAUCAAGAAACUUUUAACUCGAGUGAAUACUGUCAAUGGACGUCUUUAUGGUAGAGAUGAUACUUUUUUAGCUUUUGAAACAGGAAAUGAGAUGAAUUGGGCAGAAGUCUUUGUAACCUCUAAUUCGACUAAUGGAACUACGAACGGAAAUAGCACUGGAGCUGUUAAUGCAACCGAUGCCAAUGCAACUAUCAAUGGAACUGUUACUUUUAACCACACCCGACCUGCUCCAGCAGAGUGGACGAUUGACAUUGCGAAAUACAUCAAACAAUAUGCUCCACAUACCCUAGUUAUGGACGGAAGUUACUCCCGAAACCCUCAAGAUACCUGGCCAGAGGAAACGUUAAAGUCCCCAUAUGUCGAUAUUUUCUCAUACCAUCUGUAUAACAACGAGGCUUCAUUUGAGAAAGCCUACAAGACCUUUACGUGUGCUGGUGCUCUAGCUUGGAGUUUACGACCACACGCCGAAUCUAAUGGAUUCAUCACUCAUAGUGAAUCAGAUAGUGUGUUUAGUUACCACGUUCCGGGUUGGACUAAUUCUACUGCUUCAAACUUUGAUCCUCGAGAAGCCGGUAUUGUAGCGCUUACAUACAAAUCCAGUUUUGAAAUUCUAAAUAAACCUGUGGCACCUUACCCAGUACCUGCUUCACCUUUACCUUAUUUUGGUACUAAUGGUACUCAUAUCGGGAUCACUUGGAAAGGAGCUGCUUGGGCUCAAUCUUACCAAGUUUGGGCAUCCGAAAGUGAUGGUGGAGGAUUCAUAAUGGUUGCCAAUGAAAUUCACGAUAAUGUAGAAUCAGGAGAUCUUUUCGUUCCAAUCGAUGUAAAAAGCCCAAAAUCACCAUUGCAGAUCCCAUACAAACCUCAAAUCCAUUAUCCAGAACCCAUGCCAAUUUGGCGUGAUACAAAAUGGAGUAAUCAACCAUCAAGAAACCCAAAUGAAGUUCAAAAACUAACCAAACGUCAUACAAUCUCCAUUCCAAGAAAACAUUCUAAACUCACUAAACGUCAAAAUCAUCCACAAUCUGUUCAUUCACGUACUAAAGGUGGUUGGUUUAUUGUUAGAGGAAUCAGUGUUGAUGGUUUACCUGGUCCUUUCUCUGAACCUACUUUUAUCCCAUCAACAUACUCAUAA